UUCGUUGUAUUUAUUUAAUCCUGUCAAAAUAAAGGCCUUUUCCUCUUCAUAUUGAUCUGAAUUUAAAAUAUUUAAUACAAUAACUGAAUUCAUCAAAAAUAAAUUGUGUAAAGUGUUAAUUAUAUUGUACACUCCACUUCUUUGGACGGGCUGUGAGCGCCGCUGUUGAUUCAUCACUGACUAACAGUACAAGCAGCGCAGCAGUCCACCCCUUUCAAUCCGCUCAAUGUUUCACUGCUCAGUGAGGACACGGUCAUUCUCCUUAUGUGUUAUAACGAAGCAUUUAUCGAGGAACUUCUCUGCUGAUUUUAUAGUUUCCUUUUUUUCAACAACGAUCGUCUUUGAAUGAAAAAGGAUUACCGUGUAUCUUCAGUUGGAUUCAUGAUGGCUCAAAUGUGGAUAACCGAUCUCGGAGGCCGAGGACAAUCCCUGUUUGUCAUUCUUUGUCUUUUUAAGCUGAGCUCAGUGACUGGUCAGGCUCGCUAUUCCGUGCCAGAGGAACAGGCAGAGGGGUCUUUCGUUGGAAACAUCGCUAGAGAUUUAGGUUUGGAUGUUGCGAGGCUCCUAUCAGGUAAAGCUCGGAUUAUUACAAAGGAGAGUCGACAGUACGUUGAUUUAAACCGGGACAAGGGCACCCUUGUGAUUAAAGAGCGAAUCGACCGAGAAGAACUGUGUGGAAAGACGACGCCCUGUAGCUUCAGUUUCGAAGUCAUUUUAGAAAAUCCAAUCCAGCUUUAUCGAGUCACCGUGGAGGUAAUAGACGUAAACGAUAACACCCCGUCGUUCCCAAAGGAAGAAAUCAGUUUGAAUAUUGUUGAAAGUGUUGUAUCGGGGACUCGCUUCUCAUUAGAGAGUGCAUACGACCCCGAUGUUGGAAUUAAUGACAUUCAAAAAUACAUCCUCAGACCCGUGGGUUAUUUUAAAUUGGAAGUACAGAGUCAGCCUGAUGGAGGGAAAUCCAUCGAAAUGGUUUUACAAAACCCGUUAGACCGAGAAAAAGAGGAGACACACUCACUUGUGCUGAUUGCUUCAGAUGGAGGAGAACCACAAAGAUCAGGGACAGUACGUAUUCAUAUCACUGUGCUAGAUAUUAACGAUAAUGCGCCAGUUUGUAGUCAGCCUGUUUAUAAAGCAGAAGUCAGGGAGAACUCUCCAGAAGGAACAGUAGUAACCACUGUGAGUGCCAAUGACGCAGAUAAAGGAGCCAAUGCUGAAAUAAAAUUUUCAAUAGCACAUGUCACCAGAGAGGUUAAGCAGCUUUUUGAGGUAAAUGACAAAACUGGAGAUAUUACAGUUGCAGGUAAACUAGAUUUUGAAAAGUCUAAAACGUAUCAAAUAAACGUUAAGGCUAGUGACCAAGGAGGAUUAUCAGAUACUUGCAAAGUUACAAUCCAAUUAAUAGACGAGAAUGACAACGUUCCUACAAUACAGCUGAUGUCAUUUGUUAAUUUGAUUUCCGAGGACUCUCCUCCAGGUACAACUAUUGCUGUUAUUAAUGUGGAUGAUGUAGAUUCUGAUGGUAACGGUGUUGUCAAAUGCUCCAUGGACUCUGACAUGCCUUUCAAAAUCGAGUCUUCAUUAACAGGUUAUUAUACCAUAGUAAACGAUAACGUCUUAGACAGAGAAAGUAUCCCUGAGUACAACAUAACUAUAACGGUCUCUGACCAAGGCUCCCCUCCUCUGACAAGAAGGAAACACAUCAAUGUAAAAGUGUCUGAUGUGAAUGACAACCCUCCUGAAUUUGACCAGUCAGAGUACAGCAAGACUGUACCAGAGAACAAUUCACCUGGGUUUUCUGUUUUCACUCUCAGAGCUCGUGAUGCAGACUGGGGCCAAAACGCUCGGGUUUCUUACUUCCUGGAGGAGAAAGACAUUAAUGGAGCAGCUGUGUCCUCGUUAGUGUCUGUGAAUUCAGAAAGUGGUGUAAUCCACGCAGUGAGGUCGUUUGAUUUUGAGCAAAUCAAGUUUUUGGAAUUCAACGUAACUGCUCGUGAUGCUGGAUCCCCUCCGCUUAGUUCAGCUGCUACAGUUAGAUUAAUAGUCCAAGACCUGAACGACAACCCUCCUCAGGUUCUGUACCCGGUCCAGACUGGAGGCUCUCUGGUGGCUGAGAUGGUUCCUCGUUCAGCAGAUGUGGGCUAUCUGGUCACUAAAGUGGUGGCGGUUGAUGUGGACUCUGGACAGAAUGCCUGGCUCUCCUACAAACUGCAGAAAGCCACAGAAAGGGCGCUGUUUGAAGUGGGCUUACAGAAUGGAGAAAUAAGAACUAUCCGCGGAGUCACUGAUAAAGAUGCAGUGAAACAAAGACUGACUGUGAUCGUGGAGGACAACGGGCAGCCCUCUCGUUCAGCUACAGUCAUUGUUAACGUGGCGGUGGCGGACAGCUUCCCUGAAGUGCUGUCUGAGUUCACUGACUAUACACAAGACAAGGACUACAAUGACAACCUGACCUUCUACCUAGUGUUGGCUUUGGCUGUAGUUUCCUUCCUCUUCAUCACGUGUUUAGUGGUUAUUAUAUCAGUGAAGAUCUACAGAUGGAGGCAGUCUCGCGUCCUGUAUCACUCCAAUCUCCCUGUGAUUCCGUAUUAUCCACCACGUUACUCAGACACUUUGGGGACAGGGACUCUCCAACACGUGUACAACUACGAGGUGUGCAGGACGAAUGACUCCAGAAAGAGUGACUGUAAAUUCGGCACAGUCGGUAGUCAGAACGUGCUGAUAAUGGACCCCAGUUCUACUGGAACGAUGCAGCGGAUACAAAGUGAGAAGAACAUCCUGGAUGAACCAGACUCUCCUCUAGAGGUGAGAGCUUUUAUAUGUUGAAUUGUUAUCAUGUAAGUUAUUUUUUUAUUCAGUUAAAAAAUCAUGGUUGCCCUUUUGUCUAAAGUGUGCAUAAUAACCCAUAAGGUUUUACACACACAAGGGAUGUUUCUAGCCACUGGAGUUAUGAUUAUGAAUCCUAUUUUAUUGACAUUUGGGAUUUUCACCGUACAGGGACUUUUUGUUAAUGAAACAAGUGUUCAUAGUUAAUUCUGUGGAGGCAAAGCCCUCAUUUUUUCCAUAUAUAAAUGAGAGAAGAACAAUACAUAACCAACUGAUCCUCUGCUGAAAUUUAAUUUUCUGGAUUGUACAUAGCAGGUGUUUGCUCCCGCAUAUUAUUAAAUUUGUAAUGGCGCUUGGGAAAAUCACUUCGUAAAAAGAGGCGUUUGAAAUAUAGGUGAUUGUGGCCGUUUCUGCUGUUCUUUCCUUGUUUCAAUCACGACUUGUGCCGCCAAAUCAGAUUUGCGAAUACGGGGGAGGUGAAAAUGACGUCACUUAUCGGUAGCGUUGUUCAAGACAUUGGUGUGGAUGUGCUAAGGCUGCGUUCUGGUCGUGCCCGUAUUUUGACUUAAAAAACUCAGUCCACCGAUCUUAAAAACAGACAACGAUUAAUUCGUAACCGACAGAAUAGUCAAGA